AUGCCUCCCAAGCAAAAGAAGCCCAACAACCACGAGAACAACGAAGAGGAGGAAGCACCCUUCCAAGCUGUCAUUUUAACAGACUCAUUCGAGGAGCAAUUCCUCCCUAUCUCUCACGAGAUGCCUAAAUGUUUGAUGCCAGUUUGCAAUAUUCCAUUAAUCGAAUACACCAUGGAACUGCUGGCUACUGUAGAUAUUUUUGAAGUAUUCAUUGUCUGUACAACACACAUCGAUGCCAUCAAAGCGUAUUUUGAACAAUCUGAAUGGAUGAAACCCAACUCUAGACUUUCCGUAAAGAUUGUAGCCACACCCGAGUGUAUGUCUGUUGGCGAUGCACUGCGUGAACUCGAUGCUCGCCAAUUGAUCACCACCGAUUUCAUCUUGACAACUGGUGAACUCAUCUCCAACAUCAAACUGGACAAGGUUCUGGAAGAACAUCGUGCUCGCAAAAAAACAGACAAGAACUCCAUAAUGACCAUGCUUCUCAAGGAAGCCUCUCGUACUCACACUGCAAGAGCCAAGGAUUCCAACAGUGUUUUUGUCUUGGAUCCCAACACACACCAAUGCGUCUAUUACGAAUCUGUCGUGUCACUUCCUCGCAAACAUCGCAUGGAGAUUUCACCCGAGAUUUUUGAAAAUAGACCUCAAAUCGAAUUCCGUAACGACCUUGUUGAUCCUUAUCUCGACAUUUGCUCUGUUGAAGUGCCUGCUUUGUUUACAGAAAACUUUGACUGGCAACGUCUACGCAGCGAUUUCGUUCACGGUAUUUUGACAUCUGAUAUUUUGGGCAAGACCAUCUAUACCAACCUUGUGUUUGAGCCCUACGUCGCUCGUGUGCAGAACGAACAACUGUACAGCACUACCAGCAACCAUAUUCUCAACCGUUGGGCAUUCCCUAUUGUGCCUGAAACCAACUUGAGAGCAGGCGAUGAUUAUGAAUUUGUGAGAGGAAACAUUUACAAAUCUAUGAAUGUCGUUUUAUCGAGGUCCUGUAUCAUUGAUGAAAAUGUGCAAAUUGGAUCAGGCACACGCAUUGGAGAAAACACGCGCAUUGGAAAUUCAAUCAUUGGAAAGAACUGUACCAUUGGCGACAAUAUUGUAUUGGAAGGCGCUUUUCUGUGGGAUAAUGUCACCAUUGGCGACAGCUGUACAGUUGAGAAGAGUAUCAUUGCCAACAAUGUCAACAUUCUGGAAAAUACCACUAUUGCUCAAGGUUGUCUUGUAUCACUUGGCGUCACUCUUGGCCCUGAAGCCCACAUUCCCAAAUACUCUAGACUGAGUCUUUUGCCUCAACCCAAGAACAGCAUGUUUGACGAAAGCAGCGACGAGGAAGAUGAUGAGGAAGAACGCCAGCAAGUUCUCACAGGUGAUCACCCUACAGUUUAUUUCUGGACUCUGCAAUCCGACGAUGAUGAUGUGGAUAUUCGAAAUGUGAAACUGGGUUCUUUGGCCUAUGACAUGGCUGAUCUUGUUCUCAAGGAUGGAGAUAUCACUGAUAGUGCAAGUGAAGUGGGAGAAUCUGACGACGACGAUUCAGACAUUGGUUCACUCAAUGGAUCAUGGGCACUUGAAAACAGCAUGGCCCGCAAGACAGAAGAAUUCAAGAAAGAAAUUGCACAAACCAUUGAACGCUCUCUGGACGAGAAUCACACUGUAUAUACUGCUGCAUUAGAAGUUACCGGCUUGCGUAUGUCCAGUAAUGGUUCCUACACUGACAUUCGUGAGGUCAUGAUCCCCAUCGUGAUGGACCAUAUUGAUCGCAACAAUUCUGUUGCAAGCUUGAAGACUGUAUUGACCAAAUGGGCACCUCUCAUUGGCAAGAUGACACAUUUACCAGAAGACCAACUGCAUGUCUUGCAGGUCUUGCAAAAGCAUUGUGCAUCCCAAGAAUACCUAGGCAAGUUAUUCUUGGGCGCCUUACAGUUAUUUUACAAUGCUGACAUUGUGGAAGAAGAAGCAAUCAGAAGAUGGUACAAUACUGACUUGUCAAAGGCAACUUCCGCAGAAGCCAAGUUAAGAGAAAAGGCUACCAAGUUCAUUGAGUGGUUAGACGAAGCAGAGGAGGAAUCAGAAGAGGAAGAGGAGAGCGAUGAAGAGUAA